CGCAAGUUUUGUUUACAAGUGUCGGUGAAAUGUCAUCCAGGUUUAAAUGACGUAAAAUGGAGAUCCGACAGAAAACUAAUCCUGUCCGUGGCCCCUACAGGUCAUCCUAUGACAUUGAUGACUUACAAAGGGCCUUUAUGGCUGUAAAAGACAAUCAAAUGUCAAUUAGAAAAUCAGCAUUGUACUUUAAUGUCCCCAAAACAACACUUAUUGACAGGUUGCAUGGGAGAAUUAGUAUUGACACUGUGAAACCAGGCCCUGACCCACUGUUUACUCUUGAUCAGGAGUCUCUACUGGCAAGUCACAUCCAAACUAUGGGUGAAGUAGGCUUUGGGUACACCAGGCAAGAGACUAUAAACCUUGCAAGUGAUUAUGCCUUCACCUUAGGCCUGAGACCAAGAGAAAAACCUCUUACUGAUUCUGCCUUCCGCAAGAGUGGUGUUUACCCAUUCAACAAAAAUGUGAUAUCUGAUCACCAAGUGGCCCCAUCAACCUGUUUCCACGUUACAGCUGCAGGUGAUGCUUGUAGUAAAGGGUCUGAGCCGUUGGAGGAUAAUGAAAAGGCAGAUCAGUUUUUACAGAAGCGUGGGGACGAAAGCGACACAGACGUUAGCGACACAGACGUUAGUGACAUAGACGUUAGCGACACAGACGUUAGCGACACAGACGUUAGCGACACAGACGUUAGCGACACAGACGUUAGCGACACAGACGUUAGCGACACAGACGUUAGCGACACAGACGUUAGCGGCACAGACGUUAGCGACACAGACGUUAGCGACAAAGACGUUAGCGACACAGACGUUAGCGACACAGACGUUAGCGACACAGACGUUAGCGACACAGACGAUAGCGACACAAACGUUAACGACACAGACGUUAGCGACACAGACGUUAGCGGCACAGACGUUAGCGACACAGACGUUAGCGGCACAGACGUUAGCGACACAGACGUUAGCGACACAGACGUUAGCGACACAGACGUUAGCGACACAGACGUUAGCGACACAGACGUUAGCGACACAGACGUUAGCGACACAGACGUUAGCGACACAGACGUUAGCGACAAAGACGUUAGCGACACAGACGUUAGCGACACAGACGUUAGCGACACAGACGUUAGCGACACAGACGAUAGCGACACAAACGUUAACGAAACAGACGUUAGCGACACAGACGUUAGCGGCACAGACGUUAGCGACACAGACGUUAGCGACACAGACGUUAGCGACACAGACGUUAGCGACACAGACGAUAGCGACACAGACGUUAACGACACAGACGUUAGCGACACAGACGUUAGCGACACAGACGUUAGCGACACAGACGAUAGCGACACAGACGUUAGCGGCACAGACGUUAGCGACACAGACUUUAACGACACAGACUUUAGCGACACAGACGUUAGCGGCACAGACGUUAGCGACACAGACGUUAACAACAGAGACGUUAAGCCGGCGUACAUACCAUAUAUUUUUUCGAAAAGUUAG